AUUUCCGUCCACGUCGAAACCACAAGCAAACCAAACCAAAGCAAGCAACAAGAGAAAGAGGAAGCGAUCGGUGGAUGAGCCUGAGGUACAUGAUGAGCCGGGUGGGCGCGCGGGCGGCGCAGGCUGUGCGGGACACCGUCGGCAGGUCCGCCGUCAAGGUCGACAGGGCGCAGGCGCAGGCGCAGCAGCAGUCCAUGGCAAGGGCGGGAAGGGCGCCGGCGCUGGGCAGGAAGGCGGCCGAGGAGCGGAGGCGGGCGGCGGCGCAGGAGGAGUCGCUGCGCACCCUCAUGUUCCUCUCCAUGUGGGGCCCCAACGCCUAGCAGCCAGCGCAUGGAUUAGCAGUAAUCCCUUCGUCUAUGUGUCGUGUCGUGUGUCCUCCGUGAUCCGUGUGUACGUACAUGGCCCAAAAAGUUAAGUAGGAGUAUGUGGAUAUCAAUAUGCAUAUGAUCUUCAGAAAAAAGAAAAAGAGUAUGUUAUGUGAAUAGCAUGCCUUUAUUGA